GCGGAGUUUAUGCAUCGCUCUCGCAGAGCAGGCACAAAGUGCAGCAGUUCCCACCGCAGUCUGCCUCAGCACCUCAGCAGCCCGCAAUGCCCUUGGAUACUGCAGCUCUUUCCGUCUCCGCAGUGCUCUGACUAGCCCGGGCUAUCAGCGACUUCUACCGGACCUAUCGUGCUGGAGCCCCAUCAGCUCUGAGAGAAACUCAUGGGAAAGGUCCGGGGAUAACAGGGUGCGGGUGAUCGCCACUGCAGAGGACCUGCCGGUGGUUCGCAGACCAGCAGGAGGAGGAGGAGGAGGAGGAGGAGGGGGUGGGCUGCCUUGUGUCAGAGGCUUCAGCGUCGCAUCCACUAUUUUGAUCACUUCAUAUCACCUUGAAUGGAUACAUCAUGGCUACGUUUACAUGCAGGGUGCAGUUCUUAGAUGACACCGACCCGUUUAACAGCACUAAUUUUCCAGAGCCCACCAGGCCGCCUCUGUACACCUUUAGGGAAGAUAUUCCUCUGAUCAAUCAGAUAGCUGGAGUCCACAGGCUGCUCAAAGCCCCACACAAGGCUGAUGACUGUGCCCUACAGCUCUCCCAUAAUGGAAGCUAUUUGGAUUUGGAGUCCACUCUGGCAGAGCAGAAGGACGAAAUGGAGGGAUUUCAGGAGGAUGGAGGACGGGGCAAGAAGCACAGCAUUAUUCUUCGAUCAAAGCUUUCUGUCAGAGUUCAUGCCUGCAUUGAAAAACUCUACAAUUCUACCGGACGGGAGCUACGCAGAGCUCUUUUUUCUCUGAAGCAGAUUUUUCAGGAUGACAAAGAUUUGGUUCACGAGUUUGUGGUGGCUGAAGGACUGACAUGUUUGAUCAAAGUGGGAGCUGAAGCGGACCAGAACUACCAGAAUUACAUCCUCAGGGCUUUAGGUCAGAUAAUGCUGUAUGUGGAUGGAAUGAAUGGCCUCAUAUCACACAAUGAGACAGUCCAGUGGCUCUACACCUUGGUUGGAUCAAAGUUUCGUCUGGUGGUGAAGACAUCCCUCAAGUUGCUGCUGGUGUUUGUCGAGUACACGGAGAGCAAUGCUGUCCUUCUCAUAAAUGCUGUGAACACUGUGGAUACCAAAGGAGGUAAAAAACUAUGGUCAAAUGUCAUGGAGAUCCUGGAGGAGAAGGAUGGUGUGGAUACCGAACUACUGGUUUUUGCCAUGACGCUCAUUAACAAGACUCUGGCAGCCCUUCCAGAUCAGGAUUCCUACUAUGACAUGGUGGACUGUCUUGAGGAACAAGGCAUCGAAACCACGGCCCGGAGACACCUAAGCAGAAAGGGCACUGACCUGGAUCUCGUUGAACAGUUCAAUAUCUAUGAGGUGACUCUUCGCCACGAAGAUGGAGAUAACGAGGCCCAGUUGCCUCCGUGUGCCAGAAAGGACCGACGAAGGGCUAGUGUCGGUGGUACCAAUGAAAGACGAGGCCUGGAGAGAAGAAGGAGCAGGAGGCAUUCGCUUCAGAAUAACAAAGAGCAUACAUCCAGCCCAGCAUCUCCAAGCAGCUUCCUGCCCUUCGGGGGACAGCGGGUUGAAGAUAUCAGUGAAAGUCUGACAGAGGCAUCACUUUCUACAGCUUACUCAGCUAGAAAGCCCUGCUGGGCUGAGAGAUUAAACGCUAAUGGCACUACCUUCCCUGGCAGACAUCAGACUCCGAGGUCACUCCACAGGCUCAGUAAUUCAGCCCCAUCCACACCUGACUCCAAGCCUGAAAGAACUGCUAUUGGGAGCUUGCUAACGUCUUCAUUCAGGCAGCACCAAGAAUCUCUUGCUCUGGAGAGAGAGAAGAGACGUCAGGAAAGAGAGGAGCGUCUGCAGCGGAUUGAAAGAGAAGAGAGGAAUCGAUUGAGUCAUGACCAUUUGGAAAAGAGGGAAGAAUUAAGACAAGCCAGGGAGGAAAGGUACAAGGCUGUGGAGAGGUCGACUGCAGAGGAGAGUGAGCGGGAGCGCCCUCGGGUGCCAACAAGAGGACGAACAGAGAUCACUCUGUGUUUGAGUCCAACUCCAAGCGUCCGCUCAGUAUCACGAUGUUCAACAGCCUCACCCUCCAUCUCACAGGGAGCCACAGCCAUGGCUCCAGAGAAGACAACAUUGGGAACAGAAUGCAUCUCAAGACCAAACCUUUUCCGACAGAGCAGAACCAAAAGUUCAGUGCCUGAAUUCUCAACGUCAGUACCUCCCCAACAAUUAGACAGGACUGAGACAAAGACAGAGGCAGGGAAUGUUGCUGAUAUAAAGAAUGGCAACAAUGACCUAGCACAGCUGGAUGUGAAGGAGCAGGCAGAGAAGGAGAAUGAAGAGAAACCAAAGCAGGAGAUGCUUAAAAAGCAGGAGCAGAUUGUUGAUGAGGUUGGAGCGGAUGCAGCAGGGACAACUGAUGCAGCAGAGGUUGGAGAGCAGGAUGUGAAUGUAGUAGUGGAGUCAGAGGAGAAAGUGAAGCAUGCAGAUGGGGAGGUGGAGGAGGGUGUGGUUCUGAGUGAGAAAGAGAGACAGAACGAGGAAGUGAACGAAAAGGACAAUUGCUCUGCAUCCAGCAUCUCUUCCACAAGCAGCACCUUAGAAAGGGAGGAGCGGGAGCAGAAGCCAGCAAAAGAGGCUGAAUCAGGCCAAUGGCAUCAGUGUCUAAAGGAGGCAGAUGUGACCGACCAGUGCAAGAAGAUUCUCAACAACAAGCGCUUUAUGCUGGACAUGCUCUAUGCCCAGAAGGCUGUCUCUGAGGAUGGCGGAGAGGUUGUGGAGUCAGAGAAGGAAAGGUGUAAGUGUGAGAGGGAGACAGACGCUAGUGAUUCUGUGACCAGUUUGGCAACCCGGAUCUCCACACUGGAAGCGAACAGACAGGCCAGAGAAGACAAUGUUAAAAGAUUGGAGGUGGAACAGCUGGACAACCAUGGCAGUGUCAGAACCGUGGCGGAGAGGUUUGGGGAUUUAGUUAAAGGUCUAUCGUCUACGCUAGAGAUAGAGGCUCCUAAAGAGCAACCGCAGAUAGACAAAUCAUCUGGUUCAGCCCCUAAGAAGGAGUCAGAUCAUAUCUGGGAUCAGCUGAUGGCAUCUCCCAGGGAGCUGCGAAUCAAAGAAAUGGACUUUACGGAUCUUAGAGAGGAGGACGAUAUGGACAUUUUAGAUAUGGAGACACUGAUGGCUUCACCACCUCCACCAUGCAGUUCCACCCUCCCACCACCUCCACCUUUGUUCGGAUGCCCCCCACCCCCACCCUUUCCUGGCAGAAUGAUGCCCCCACCUCCUCCAUUUAUGGCUCCCCUACCGCCACCUUCUCCUCAUCUGGGUAGAGGAGAAGCCCCUCGGUUCCAGAAGAAGAAGACUAUCCGUCUCUUCUGGAAUGAGGUACGGCCUGUGGACUGGCAGCGUAAAAAUCACAAGUUCUGUAAGGAGUCCCUGUGGUCCAACCUGGAGCCGGUUAAACUGGAUACAUCCAAGCUGGAGCAGCUGUUUGAGACCAAAUCCAAGGAGCUGUCCGUCACAAAGAAACCAUCAGCUGAAGGCAAACGACAAGAAAUCAUCGUCCUCGACUCAAAGCGCAGCAACGCCAUAAAUAUUGGAUUAACUGUCUUACCUCCUCCUCGCACAAUCAAGACAGCUAUUCUCAACUUUGAUGAGUACGCACUGAACAAGGAAGGCAUUGAGAAAAUCCUCACAAUGAUCCCAACGGAGGAGGAGAAGCAGAGGAUCCAGGAGGCUCAGCUGAUGAACCCUGAUGUCCCGUUGGGCAGCGCUGAGCAGUUCCUGCUCACCCUCUCCUCCAUCACAGAGCUGUCAGCGCGACUGCAGCUGUGGGCCUUCAAGAUGGACUACGAGCUUAUUGAGAAGGAAGUGGCAGAGCCACUGCAGGACCUGAAAGAAGGAAUGGAUCAACUUGAAAAAAACAAAACCCUCAGAUACAUCCUGACCACCCUGCUGGCCAUUGGUAACUUCCUCAAUGGAUCAAAUGCCAAAGGCUUUGAGCUGAGCUACUUGGAGAAAGUCCCGGAAGUGAAGGACACGAUUCAUAAGCAGUCCCUGUUGCACCACGCCUGCUCCAUAGUGGUGGAGAAGUUUCCAGACAGCACCGACCUCUACUCUGAGAUAGGAGCCAUCACCCGCUUGACCAAGGUGGAUUUCGACCAGCUUCAAGAUAAUUUGGCCCAGAUGGAGCGCAGGUGCAAAGCAUCAUGGGACUACCUUAAAGUUAUUGCAAAACAUGAGAUGAAGCCAGCGUUGAAGCAAAAAAUGUCUGAUUUCCUCAAAGACUGCGCAGAGAGAAUUAUAAUUCUGAAAAUAGUGCAUCGCAGAAUAAUCAACAGGUUUCACGCCUUUUUGUUAUUCUUGGGCCAUCCGAUCUAUGCGGUAAGAGAGGUCAGCAUACAUCGCUUUAGCAAGAUCCUGAGUGAAUUCGCCCUGGAGUACCGCACGACGAGAGAGCGUGUGCUGCAGCAGAAACAGAAGAGGGCCAACCACAGAGAAAGAAACAAGACCAGGGGGAAAAUGAUAACAGAUAGCGGUAAAUUUGGAGGGGCUUCUUCAGAUGCACAGGAGAGCCAGGCUCAGGGUAUCCAGAGCGCUGACGAUGCAGCAGAGCAUGAAAACAUGAAGGCUGUGUUAAAAACUGGUCUGAAAGAUGGAGAGAGCAGCACAUCCACUGUGCCCGGGCUGCGAGGUCGCACCAGAGGCGGCAGCCUCAGAGCGCGCGUUGCUCCAUGGUGUUCUGCUAGUGAUGACCCUAUAAGCUGUACAGAUGACACAGCUGAUGAGAUCAUGGAGAGGAUUGUUCGAUCAGCCACUCAGGGGCCCAGUCAGAGGACACUACCUCGUGAGAGGAGGCGAUCCCGGCUAAACAGGAAAUCAUUAAGGAGGACUCUAAAGAGUGGCUUGACGACAGAGGAGGCCAAUGCCCUCGGCUUGUCCAGUGGUUCUGAGCUUCAGGUGUGAGAAAGAUGAGGAUUCUGCUGGACAUUAGGACAACUGUUGGCCCUUUCACUGCCUCACACACACCCCCCUCCAAUCCAGACUGGAGAUCCACCCCUUUCUUGCCUCCAACCACCUGCAAGCUGGGAUGAAGUUGUUUGGUUUACAUACUGUGAUAUGAGAAAAAGGGAAAAAUCGCUGAGGAGAUCUUAUUCUUAAACCUGUGGGCAGGAAAAACAGCUUUGCAAUGAAACCACUAAGCUUGGCUUUCGCCAGAUGAACACAGAACAAGUGCUUUUGCAAGGCUUUACCGCCGUCAUCCUGCAUACAAAUGCCCACUAAGGUUUGUGUCUUGCUUUGUGUGCUUGAGGCUGCCAGUGCACGUGCUUCAACCACUGCAGCCUACCUUUGGACACAAAAGGCUGAACGUGGUGCAAAUCUUGAACCCUUAAAAUUACUGUGCACUGGGGGUUAAACGACAUAGCUGAGCUGAAUGACAUUUCAUCUAUUGAAUAGAUGGCUUGGUGCAGAUGGUUAUUUUGUUGUAUACUACUGGGGUUAUUUUAUGUUUAAUUUUGGUCCGAAAAGGUGCUUAAAUAAGGAACAUUUUGCACUGGAUGUAAAAGUUUGGCUAUCAUUGGAAUGUGAGAUUUUUGACACUGAUGAACCACUCUGACAUCUGAAUCUGACUAUGUGCUCAUCAAUGUGCCAGCUAUUCAGAAGUAGCACACUUUUAACAUCACAAAAUUGGAUAGAAUAAGGCAGAUGUAGUUUAAAGAUAAAGAAGGAAUUUAAUAGUGUAGAUGUAUUUUUGAAGAUUGUGAGGAGACAAAACGUUCAGUGUUGCAUUGUUUGAUCAAUUCUUAAAUUAAAACUAAAGAGCUGCAAGCAUUCAUGGAAGGCAGGAGCAGUUCGAACUCUUUCUAAAUUUGCAUUUUAUAGAAACUAUGAGCUGCACAUUUCAGUGCCUUGCAGACAGUUAUUUAUUAAGAUGCUUUCAGGGAUAUGUGAUAACCUUGUUUCUACAGAUGUGCAGCCUGUGUAUGAGAAGAUAAUUUUAGCAUUAAUCAGUUUUUAAACCCAUCAUAAUAAAGUAGCUUUUUGGCUACAUUAGGGGUAUUUAAUUUCUACGGCUUCAUGUUGGUUUGAACAUUUAGUGUCUCAUUUAGCUUUCUGCACAUGUAACUAUUUAAGAAAGGACAAUGUAAUGUACAGGUCCUCAAAAUAUUAGCAUAUUGUGAUAAAGUUAAUUAUUUUCCAUAAUGUAAAGAUAAAACUUGAACAUUCAUAUAUUUUAGAUUAAUUGCACACUAACU